CACACUUGUUGAACCUUUGGACGAGAUUGUAAAAAUUGUAAAUGAAUAUGUCGAAAUAUCGUUUGAAUCUACAAAAACUGAUGUAAAUAAAGAGGAGGAGGAAGAUGACGACAAUGAUGUUAAAAAAUAUUUGUCUUUACAAUCCAGACUUGAACGAGUAUAUUUAUUUACAAUUAAUGUAGAAUCUGAGGAAGAGAGGACAACUGAACGACAACAAAUAUUAUUUUCGAAUGAUGAUGAGAGGACACCAAAAAUUAAAGAUUGUCUAUUUCUUAUUAAGAUGUUGCUGGCUACAUAAAAAUUUUAGAGAAAAAAAUUUAUUUUGACCAUUUUUACAUUUUUUUUAAUUGACCAUUUUACAAAUGUGGCGUUUUGUCGCGCUUUUUAUUUUUUCUUUUUUUGUUAUUUUUCUGAUUUUUUAAAUUGAUUUUCAGAUUUCUUUUAUUUAUUUUUACAAGAAAAAUGGCUUCUGCAAAUAUUGACCAAGAAAUAGUGCGUGAAUCGUUGGAAUGCCCAAUUUGUAAAGAUUUCUUUUCUGAGCCUAAACAGCUUCUUUGUGGACAUACUUUCUGUCAGGGAUGUAUUGAUGGAUUGGAAAAAGUUAUUUCGUCAUUUGGAAAUGACUCGGAAUUUGGAUUUUUGCAUACAAUUUAUACUCGUUCUGCUGAGGCACGUCGCUGUAUAAAUCAACGCUUGAAUGAGGGUCAAAGAUAUUCCAUUAUGUGUCCAAACUGCCGCAAGAUGUCUCUUAUUCCUGAGAAUGGAUUGAAUACUAAUUAUGUUGUUAAAGAAAUGGUUGAGAAAUUUCGUUUCAUUUCGUUUACCAACAGUGGAUUUAAUGGGAAUGACUCAUCGGCUGAUUCCGGGGAGAAGAAUACGUGUUCUGGAUGUUCUCGUCCAACACCUACAAAUGAAUUGUUUUUUUGCAAAGGGUGUGCUUCUGUUACGAAUAAGAAGUUUAUUUGUUCUCUCUGUGUUUUGAAAAUGCACAAGGAUCACGAUGUCAUAAUGUGCUCAGAUUUUGCUUCGCAUAAGGACCGUGAAGAGGCUGCUAAUCUUAUAGCCGAUGCUGCUUACAGAGCUCGUUCUCACGUUGAAAAAAUUAAUGGAAUUCAUGAACAGUUUAAUCGUGGAUUUGACUCUAUUAAACAGAAAUUGCAAAACAAUCUUGAACCUUUUGAAGCCUUUCAUCUUGAAUGUUACGACAGUGAGUCCCACCAUUUAAAAGAAGAAUUAGAAGAGAAAGUGCGUAAAGCUAAACAAUUGGGUGACCGUUUUUCAAUGACUUAUUCUGAACUUGAGAAAAUUGCAAAAAGUGCAAAUCGUUAUUUUAAUUCAAUCAAUUCUGCUCCCGAUUUUGAUCAUCAAAAACGUGCUCGGUCUUUCUUUAUUGAUGACGCUGGACCUUCAACUUCUACAAAUAUGUUGACUCCAUUUAUGCUUUCCAAUACUUUUGCCUACAAUUCGGAUAGAAAUCAGCGUCAACAAAAACGUAAACCUCGACAACGCCACUUAAAUUCUCCACGUAUCGAUCCUCGACUUGUUUUGCGUGCUAAUCCUCCAGUUUCUGAUGAUUCUACAAAUAUUUUGGAAUUGAGUUAA